ACACUGUUUGUUCCAUCAAAGUCCAACAAUGGAAGUUGGGGCCGCUCUUUUAUCGGUAACGUUCGAGUUGUUGCUCUCGAAGUUGAAUUCUUCUGUAAGUGAAUGGGUGAAGUUACCAAAGAAAGUUCGUUCCGAGAUGCAGAACUGGAGUAGUCUUUUGCCAAAAAUCGGUGCUUUACUUGAAGAUGCCGAAGAGAAGCAAGAAACAGACCGCCAGGUGAAGUUAUGGCUUGCUGAUUUCAGGGAUUUGGCAUAUGAUAUGGAGGACAUGCUUGAAGAGGUCGAGAUUGAUGCCAAGAGGUCUGAGCUGAUUGCAAAAGCCAACGCCAGCACCAGUAAGCCACAGAAACUGAUCUGUCCGAAAUUGUUUAAUAAGGUUCCAAGAUUCAUGACUGAUCGAGAUCGAGAGAUGGCUUCCAGGGUGAAGGAUAUAACUGAUAGAUUGCAAAACAUUGAGGCCAACAUAAGUAAGUUGGGCCUGAUCAGUUCGACUAUGAGAAUUGGAGAUAAGUUUCGCAAAGUAGCUACAGAAAGAUUGUCUACUACUCCUUCACCUGAACUUCAUGUCUAUGGUAGGGAAAAUGAAAAAGAGGCUAUUCUUAAGAUGUUGCUCACUGAUGAAAGCAAAGAUGAGCCAUACUCUGUUAUUCCCAUUGUUGGAAUGGGAGGAUUGGGCAAGACCACUCUUGCUCGGCUUGUUUAUAAUGAUGAAAAUUUGAAGGGCAUCUUUGGAUUAAAAGCAUGGGUUUGUAUAUCUGAGGAAUUUGAUGUUUCUCGAAUAACAAGAUCCAUUUUGGAGCAAGUAACUGGGCAAAAGUGUGAUUUAGAAGAUCUUUCUUCACUUCAAGACAGAUUGAAAGAGAAGUUCUCUGGCCAAAAGUUUUUACUUGUACUAGAUGACAUUUGGAAUAAGAAGUAUGACUUGUGGGAUAAGUUGCAGAGGCCUUUCUUGUCAGGAGCGUUUGGAAGCAAAAUAAUCAUCACAACUCGAGAUGAGAAUAUUGGGAAGAUGAUGAAGGGAAAUGAUAAAGUUUACAGUUUAGCAUUGCUAGAGAAUGAUGCAUGUUUAUCAUUAUUUGCUUGUCAUGCACUGGGGGUAGAGAAUUUUGAUGCCUACUCAAAUCUCAAAGGAGUGGGUGAGAAAAUUGUUGAAAAGUGCAAAAGAUUGCCAUUGGCUAUAAAAACCCUUAGCGGCCUCUUGCGUGGUAAGCUACAUUUUGGUGAGUGGGAAUACAUAUUAAAUAGUAAGAUAUGGGAUUUACCAGAAGACAGUAGUGACAUUCUUCCAGCUUUGAGAUUGAGCUAUAAUCACCUUCCUUCCCAUUUGAAAAGAUGCUUUGGCUAUUGUUCUAUAUUUCCUAAAGAUUAUGAAUUUGAUGACGGUGAGUUAGUUUUGUUAUGGAUGGCCGAAGGACUUUUGCAACAACAACCACAAAGAAUGAAGCAAAUAAAAGACCUUGGGCAUCAGCACUUCCGUGAUCUAUUGUCGAGGGCUUUUUUUCAACGAUCUAGUAGAGAUGAGUCGUUGUUUAUGAUGCAUGACCUCAUGGCUGAUUUAGCCCUUCAUGUUGCUGGAGAAACAUGUUGCACCCUUGAACUAGAUGGAAAAAUAUCAAAUAUAGGAGACUUGAAGCAUUUGCGAUACAUUGAUUUGUCUUGUACAAACAUUGAAAGUCUUCCUGAUUCUGUGGGUUACCUUCCUUACUUACAGACAUUGUUGUUAAGGAGCUGCCAAAGGUUUUCCAAGUUACCUACAACUAUUGGAAAUCUACUUGAUCUCCAACAUCUUGAUAUAGCUGAGACAUCAUCUUUGAAGGAAAUCCCAUUAGAAAUCACCAAGUUGACAAGUCUUGUGACAUUGUCAAAAUUUAUUGUUGAAAAUGCUAAAGGACCAAGACUACAAGACUUGAAGAACUUGUCAUGUCUUCGAGGCCAGCUUUCCAUUUUGGAUUUACAAAAUGUUUUGGAUGCUAAUGAUGCAAAGGAGGCCAAUUUGUCUGAGAUUGAGGGAUUGGAUGACUUAUCCUUGGAAUGGUGUUCUGACUUCCAUGAUGGCCGAAAUCAAAGCACUGAAAUGCAGGUCCUCAGAUGGUUAAAACCUCAUCAAGGCAUGGAUGCAUUAAAAAAUAUGACGCUUGAGUUUGACGGAGACAAUUCGUCUUCAACUUCAACUUUUCUAGCAUUGGAGAGUUUGGAUUUACAAAACUGCCCUAAGCUGGUAGGAAAAUUACCGAAAUGCAUUCCUUCUCUUAAAAAGUUGAAGAUUUUCAGAUGUCCAGAAUUGAGGUACUCCCCACUUAGUCUUCCAUCACUUGAAGAAUUGCAUAUAAAUGAAUGUAGUGAGGUAGUAUUGAGGAGUAUGGUCAAUCUCACCUCCCUCAAAACAUUGAGUAUAAAAAAAAUUUCUCAACUGACUUGCCUACCCAAGAGUUUUGUUGAGUCCAUGAUAGCUCUCAAGGAUAUAGAGAUUGUGUCUUGCACUGAACUUACUUGUUUGUGGGAAGAGGGAGUCAAUAUCUUAAACCUUGCAUGUGUUGAGAAGAUAAAAGUCAAGGAGUGUGAAGCGCUGGAUUCCUUGCCUGGUGAGAUAAUGAUGUUGCUGCGACUUGAAGAAUUAACUAUUGCUCAAUGUCCUGCUUUUCGAAGGUUUCCAAGAGGCAAGUUACCAACCACGCUUAAAGUUCUGCAAAUUUGGGGAUGUGAAAAGCUAGAGUCUCUACCAGAAGGCAUAUUGAUAAAUAAUGGUGAUGCAUAUCAAGUGUCGCAACUUGAAAAUUUACAUAUUACCAGCUGUCCUUGUCUGAAAUCUUUUCCUAGUGGUCAAUUACCCAAUUCUUUUAAAAGGCUUUAUAUCAAUAAUUGCAAGCAACUGGAGUCUCCGCCUCAAAGGAUGCUGCAGUAUUGUACGGAACUUCAAGGGAUAAGUAUUAAUGGAGGUGAUAUGAAAAGUUUAUGUUUUGAGGACAUGCGUGGGCCCACUUUUUUAUCGAUAGGCGAUUGUGAUGGUUUGGAGUCGUUUUCCCUGUCCAUCUCCAAUCUUAAACAGUUGGGCAUAUCAUUUUGCAGGAAUCUCAGGUCUUUGCCUAACAAGAUGCACGACCUCACGUCUCUCAGUACAUUAUAUAUAAGAAAUUGUCCAAGGAUCAAGUGCGUUUCAGACAGUGGUUUGCCUCCAAACUUAACACAGCUUCAAAUUUAUGGGUGUAUAGGGAUUGAGUCCAUUCCAGGCGGUGGUUUGUUUCCAAACCUAACAGAUCUUCAAAUUUUCGACUGUCAAGGGAUUGAGUCCAUUCCAGACCGUGGUUUUCCCCCAAAUCUUAGAAGUCUUACAAUUGAUUGCAAGAAUCUGAAGAAGCCGAUGCAGGAAUGGGGCCUUAGCAGCCUCACCUCUCUUCUAUCCUUGGAGAUUAAUUGGAUAUGUCCUGAUCCUGAUGUGCUCCCCAUUUCUCUAACCCGUCUUGUGGUAGGUAAGGUUGAAAAUAUGAAAUCCAUAGCUAGAGGGCUCCUUCAAAACCUCAACUCUCUUCAAGAUUUAACAAUCGAGGAUUGCCCAAAGCUGCAGUCGUUGCCAAAGGAAGGCUUGCCUCCCUUGCUUGAACUACUCCAGAUUAGAAACUGCCCGUUGUUAAAACGACGAUGCUUGGAGGAGAAAGGAGACUAUUGGCCCCUCAUAGCUCGCAUCCCCUUCAUUGAAGUUUGGGAUGAUGAAAGCCACGCAAGUUCAGAGACAAAACAAAAACUUUGUUUAUGCUUCAAAACAUGAUGACAGUCGAAUGAAUUCAAAUCUAAAUAAAAGCCCAAAGCAUGAGAUGGAGGAGAUCUUUGUAUUUUUGAAGCUUAACAUUUAUGUCAAUUGAAAAGAUGUUGGUUUUCUAGAGAUUGGAAAGUUGCCAUCCUUGUAAUCCGUGAAGACUUGUUGACUGCUCAAUAUAUAAAUAGCUGCUUAGUAUAAGAGUCAACAACAUGUCAACCCUUUUAAUUCAUCUUUUGCUGUAAGUUUUAAUUCCUCUGAGGAUCGUUUCAUUGGAUUUAAUAUUAAUGUUUUAGUUAUAUACCUCCUUUUGUUACUAUUGUUGCAAUUAGAAAAAAAAAAAAAAAACUGAAAUUACCAUUGUUUGGGUAGAUGCUAACACCAUUACCUUAUUGGAAUCAAGUAUUCAUUGAUAG